AUGGUUGCCAAAAACUUUCUAGUGCCCAAGAGUGAGGGUGGUGCCAUUCAAGACAUGCUGACAGUGUACAGACUCCUGGAUUGUGACAUGUUCCCUUCACUGAAAGCUGUUAUUCAGGUUGCCUUGACAAUACCAUUUCGCAGCUGUAGCUGUGAGAGGUCUUUUAGUGCCUUGCACCAGCUCCAUACCUGGAUGAGGAGGACCACGGGUCAACCCAGACUCCAGCACCUGGCUGUGAUGUCAACUGAGAAAGAGAUGCUUGAGAGAGUUGAAGACCAAAAAGUAAUUGACAGAUUUGCUACCCUCAAGGUGAGGAGACAUAGAUUAAAGUAA